CGCUGACACACAAACAAGACGAGAGCGGACAGCCGCACCCCACAACAACAACACAACGACAACCUGCCGUUCUUGUGCCUGAUCGCCGCUCUGCUCCUCUUCUGCUCUGCUCCGCUGCUCCUCCACUGCUGCUUUGUGCACGCUGUGUACGCUCGUCCUCUCCUUCUCCUCCACCUUCCUUCACGCUGGUGUUGGAGUUUGAGCACGUACCAUCUCAGUCACGGGUGUCGCUGCUGGCCACCACGCGUGCCACGUCGUGCGCAUCAAACGAGACUGUGUCAUACGCCAACCAUGACACCACGUUGUGUCGUGUGGCUGCCCAUCAGCGCUCUGCUGCUGCUCCUCGCUGCCGCCUCCGCCGUCUCAGCACAAGAAUGUGGCAUCGGCGAGCGGCUGAGCUCGUCCAACGAGUCUAUUGCCUGUGACCGCGGCUACAAGUGCCCAUUCACCAACUGCACAAGGAUUCCGUGCCAACCACCGACCUACCAGGACGAACGCGGACAAGCAGAGUGCAAACCGUGCGCUGCCGGCUUGAGACGCGUCAAUGCGGCACACGUCGAGCCCUGUCCGCCCGGAUUCGAGUGCCCAUACGGCACUGAUCAACCCGAUCAGUGUGGAAGCGCAAUACCAUGCACAGCCGGCACCUUCUCAACCGGCAACGCCACAGCGUGCACUGCCUGCUCCUCGUGCUCGGUUGGUUUCAACGUCUCCACCGCUUGCAACGCCACAGCCGAUACAGUCUGUCAAGACACCACGCCCCCAACACUUUCCCUCCUCAAUCCAGCCACGGGCGCUGCAUUUGCCAACAACAGCAUGUAUGAGGUGGAGGCGAGUGCAGCCCUCUCAUUCAAUCGACCCAUCGUCAUGGCAAGCGAUAACAGUGGCGUCACACCCACACGCGUCUCCCCAACAGAAGCACAACUCAACGCCAUCACCAUUGCUGGCCACAACGUAAACUACACGCUCGUGUACGUGGUGCAGGACGAAGCGAGCCUGCAAGCAACGUUCGUACUGCACGUGCACGUCCGUGACACAACCCCGCCCACGCUUGGGCUGGCAGGACCACACACAGUCCUCCUUGAAGCAGGACUGCAAGCGGAACGUUGGGUCGACCCCGGCAUUGCCCGUGCAUUUGAUACUCUGGCCGGCAACCUCACGUCCCGCGUCACAACGGCAAUCACACGCGUGUCAUCAGGCAUUGUUGCGAACACCUCGUGCCCACUUUCCUCAGCGCGCGACCUCUACCCGCCACUUGUGCCGGCGGCAAGUGUCACCACGACAGCUGCAACAAGUGCAACAGCUGCAACAACGACCGUUGCCACAACUGCAAUGAGCGAUAUGAUCGAUGCGCACGCUCCCGCCAACACGACAUACGUGAUCCAAUAUGCGGUCUCGGAUGACGCUGGACACACCACCACCGUGGACCGAACCGUUGUCAUCAUCGACACUCAGCCGCCAACCAUCUCCUUUACUGCCACCACCGCCACUGCCACCACUGCCUUGGUUGCGGCGUUGGAUGUGGUGCAGUUGGAGUUUGGGGCUGCAGCAAGGGCGGCUCGCAUGCUUGCAGGCAACAGCACCAACGUGGCAGCUGCUGAUGUCAAUGAUGGCGACAUCACCGCACACUUGUGCGUGCAAGUUGCGCGCGUCACGCAAUUUGCAACGGGCAUCCUCCACAACAUCACCACCACCAACACCUCCACCGCUGCGACCUGGACAGCAACGCGCGCCCUGGCCUUCAUCACCAACACAUCAUCGUCAUCAUCAUCAUUGGUGUCGUGGUUCCAGCUCUCUGUGGUUGAUGCUCACGAUGAAGUGGGAACGGUGUUUGUUGUCCGCUUCGAUGUCACAGACAGGGCGGGGCUGAUGGCCGCACCGGCAUUUCGUGCCGCUGUCAUUGUCGACACAACACCGCCAACCCUCACCCUCCGUUCACCAACCACGGCAGCAACCACAACGACAACUACAAAGACGACAACGACAACAACGACAGCAGGAAAUGAUACAGUUUCUUCCACCACCACCACUCCCACCACUGGUAGUAAUGCAACAGCGACACCAGGUACAGCAUCCACAACCACACCACCACCACCACCACUGACGGUCGUCGUUGGCUACGCCCUUCGCUAUCGCGAGCCCGGAUUUCGUGCUGUGGACACACACGAUGGCGAUAUAACAAGUGCCGUGGUGGUGGUGGUGAAUAGCGGCAGCAGCAAUGGUGACAACAGCAAUGGUGGCAGCAGCAUUGAUACGCGUGUGCCGGGUGUGUACUCGCUGUUGUAUCGAGUGGCAGAUGCGAAUGGGAACGAGGCAACAGCAUCACGCCGUGUUGUUGUGCAGUCCAAGCCACGCCCACCGCAGCAACAGUCGGAUGUUGUUGUGGUUGUGCUGGAUGGUGUUUUGCCGCCGGCGCUUUUGCCUGCAGGCAAUGACACGCGUGCGCUUGAGCUGCACCUCGCCAGCUUGCUGAACAACGCCCCCGUUGUUGUCUUCUCUGUCUACAACACCACCCGUCCACAGCAAGGACGACGACGACGACGAGCAAGUGGCGAUGACGUGACGGCUGUUGAGUUUGCAGUCAGAAGCGACAGUGUUGGUGGCGGUGUUGGAUGGAUGGAUGGUGGUACAGUCGCAUCGACUCUCGAGUCUGCAGCCAGCGGUGGCGUUGGUGGUGUUGGUGUGCUACGUGUGGCCACGCUGGACGCCAUUGCGAUGACAACAGCGCCACCAGCCACCACCGCUCCAAUGACAACGACAACAACAACAGCAGCUAGCACGAGCAGCGGUGAUGGGCAGACAGGCAACAACAGGGGCAGUGGUGGUAGUGACGACGGUACUGUCGCGGGUGCUGUGAUUGGAGCAUUGGCAGCCGUUGCACUCGUUGUUGUGCUGGCCGUUCUGUUGCGUCGACGGUGGUUUGACAAGAGACACCAGGGCGCCAGCAUCACGUCACCAACACACGCAUCGCAAAGGUCCACAACACCACCAGCACCACCGUCAACAUCGGCGUCAUCGGCCGCAACAGCCACCACUGUAGCUGCACCAGGCGCCACACACCCAACCGCCCUUGAAGGAGGACUGAAGGCACAUGACGCAAUUCACGGUCGCGCGCGUGACCGGAGAAGUGUGGACGGACACUACUAUGAGAUUGACGACGACACCACCACCAGCAGCAGCAGCGGCAACGAUGACAGUGCAACCGCUGCUACAAACGUCGGCACCCAAGCAGAAAUGACAGCACCACCAGCAACAAUAACACCCGCGACGGCAGCAACAGCUGCACCAGCGACGUCUGCGGAUGCGCGUGGCGGUGACCGUGGCACCGCGCCACAGCACAUACUUGGUGAUGGAACUGAAGAGAACGAAGACGAUGAGGAGUAUGACAAGCGACCUGAUACUGUCGGCGCAAUGGCUGUGCCGCCCCUGCCACCACGAGGCAGAAGCGGCAUUGUGCACGCGCCUGAUGCUGAUUGUCAUGGUGGGGAUAACAAUGUUGGUGAUCAUGACAGUGACCAUGAAGGUGGAGACACACCACAGAAGCGAGAGGGGACAGACAAGCAACAACAGCAGCAGCAGCAGCGCAGGGAAGUGCUCUUCACCAUACCGCCAUCAUCAUCGCCACCAUCGUCAUCGUCACCACCAUCAUCCUCACGGGACAACGACGUGCAUGUGCCCUUGUCCGCAAUGAUGCGAGGCAGGCUGGAGGUGGUGGACGCUCACAGCACAUAUGGUGACACGCAACCAAGACAACAACAACAGCAGCAACAGCAGCAGCAGCAGCAGCAAAAGGAACAUGGUGAGGAGGACAGUGACAGCGACAGUGAUGACGAUGCUGGCAUUGAUGUGGAUGCAUUGAGUUCAUCGGGUGGUGUCGCGAGUGCGGCUGCUAUGACGAGUGGUGGCGGUGUUGGUGGUGGUCAACAGGAUCGCGGGUCUGUGCGCAGGACGCGCAGACGCUCCAGCCUCAACGACAGCCACGCGUACGAAACCAUCUCAGACAUCGAUGAGGAUGAUGACGACGACGACAACAACAACACCACCAGCUCCAACAACAGCAAUGAGAACAGUAACGGCGCGGCGGCGGAGGUGGAGGUGGAGGCGGUGUAUGAUGUUCCCAAGCGAGAGGCUGUCAAGAAGACAGCAGCCAACUUGCACCACCAGCACAACGGUGGCGUUGGCGGAGAUGAAGGUGGUGCGGGAACAACAACAGCACCGACAACAGAAACAACGUCAGCACGCACGACGGCAGGAACACAAUCACAUCCACAGGAGCUGCGCGUGGAGAACAUCUACGAGCAAGUGGAUGAUGACGACGACGACGAUGUCGAGAACUACUAUGAAGAUGUCAGAUUUGAUCGUCCUGUGGGCAGCAGUGCUGCGCGUGCUCCAGUUGUACACACCGGUGACAAUGGCCAUGAUGGGGAUGGUUUGUACGACUAUCCGAAGCGCGAACCAACUCGCGGCCACAGGACAGCAGCAGCAGCAGCAGCAACAGCAACAACUGCAACCACAGCGCCUGUGGGCAUUCCUUCUUCACGGGAGCAGCAGCAGCAGCAGCAGCAGCAGCAGCAGCAGGUGCCCGCACGGAAGAAAGCGAAAGUUGAACCGAGACGGAAGCGGCGAUCCAGGAAGCAGCCAACAGUGCCGUCACGACCGCCAUCACUGCCACCCAUCUCAACAUCGUCCGCAUCAUCAUCGAGGACAGCAACACGAUCAACUCACCACCAACACCACCACCAACAGCACCACCAACAACAAGCGCGUGAGCAGGCCACAGCGUCACCGUCCACGCAUCUCCCAUUACCGUCACUCCCAACAGCAGCAGCAACAACAACAACAACAGCAGCGCAGCCCGCAGACAGCACCACGAGUGCAAAUGGGCCUGGCUUGCGGGUUGUUGAUGAGGACUUGUUUGCGCCAACGCCAAUGGCAAUGAAGUCCACACACAAGCAUGACAGCCAUCACGCCACCGACACCACCACCGCCGCUUCUGUCACCAGUACGAGUGGUGGCAACGACAACAACAGGUCAGCGCAACAGCAGUCAUCAUCACGACGUGUUCACGUCACGUGCACGCGCGACCUGGAGCAGGAAGCAGAAACGUUGCCUGGCUUCAUCGGACGGAAAUCGCGCACAGCAGCAGAGGAUGUGCUGUUGGGUCCACCAACCACCACAUCAGCCACAACAUCAGCCACACCAUCAACAGCAGCCACGUUACCAUCGCCAUCACGCGGGGUGGUGGGCACGUACGUGUGGCGCCUGUCUGACCGGCAGAGCGGGGUGGUGCUGUCGCUGGUGGUGAGCGCGUCCGUGUGCGAGCACCACAUCUUCACGUGGGACGACAAGACAGGCGAGGUGUUGGUGAACGGGAAACCCAUUGGAUACAGCGAUGGACGGGAUGGACGUGCUGGUGAUGGACGUGGUGAUGGACGUGCUGGUGAUGGAAGAGUGGGUGGAAGGGGGAAGUGUUGCGGGCUGAGUGCGGCGCUGGCUGAGAUCCAGGUACACCCGCAAGGUGUCAUGACCACUGCACCAACAACGCCAGCACACGUGCCCAGAUGACCGGAGGGCGGGUGAUGUGUGUGUGUGUGUGUGUGGGGGGGGGGGUG